AUGACUGCAUCUAUGGAGAUGCAAAGGCAUGUCCAUGCCGACGACAACCAAGACACUUCUCAACCAGGGAAAGUCGGCGUUGACCUUGUAGAAAGCACGGAGGCUGGAAUUCCUACAACCUAUGCUGAUAUUGUGGCCUCUCGGCUUUCGAAACCACACCGAGAUUAUUUGAUGGAGCGCCAUGGCACGCUCGAGCUGGACCCUAUCCCAAGUCUGGACCCUGCUGAUCCCUAUAACUGGCCGGGGUGGAAGAAAUUGGCAAACCUGCUUCUGGUAGCAUUCCAUGCAUGCAUGGGAACUUUUGCUGCGGCGGGUAUUAUCCCGGCUUAUGCAACAAUUUCGGAAGAAUAUGGCGUUUCAAUCCAGAGAGCCAGUUAUCUGACCUCGCUCCAAAUCGCCAUCCUAGGCGGAGCCCCUUUGUUCUGGAAGCCUUUAUCCAACCGCUACGGUCGUCGACCCAUCUUCCUUACUUCCUUGGUAUGCAGUCUCGUCUGCAAUGUAGGAUGCGCCAAGAGCACCGAUUAUGCAUCAACCGCUGCCUGCAGAGCCUUGCAGGCAUUCUUCAUCUCACCAGCAUCCGCUAUCGGAAGUGCGGUGGUGAUGGAGACGUAUUUCAAGAAAGAUCGCGCUCGGUACAUGGGCGUGUGGACUCUGCUGGUCACUUUGGGCAUUCCGUGCGGUCCCUUCAUCUUUGGUUUCGUUGCCUAUCGAGCAGGCUAUGAAUGGAUUUAUUGGGUGCUUGCAAUUGUUAAUGGGGUUCAAUUCAUCUUGUAUCUCUUCCUGGGCCCGGAAACCCGCUACGUCGACAGUAAUGUCGAUCCGAAGCAGCCACCAUGGAUGAGAGAAUAUGUGCUUUUGAGACGCAUUGAUCCGACCCCAUUUUCGUGGUUUGAGUUCGUCAAGCCGCUGACCAUGUUCAUGUAUCCCUCCGUGGUCAUCCCAGCCGCAGCGUACGCAAUGGUCUUCUGCCUGAGCAACGUGUUGGCGACCGUGGAAGUGCCCGAAUUGUUUCAGGAAAAGUUUGGGCUGAACACGGAACAAUUGGGACUCCAGUUUCUCGGCCCAAUUAUCGGAUCCCUCAUUGGCGAGCAGGUCGGAGGCACGCUAUCAGACGUCUGGAUGAACCGGCGUGCGAAAAAGAUUCAAACCAAACCCGAGCCCGAGCAUCGUCUCUGGCUCAGCUAUAUCGGGUUUGUCCUGUCCAUCGUCGGACUGAUUGUUUUCCUCGUAUGCACGCAGCAGGCUAAGCAGGGACACUGGACCGUGGCCCCGGUCGUUGGAAUCGCCCUGGGAGCCGGAGGUAACCAAAUUAUAACCACCGUCCUCAUAACGUACGCCGUCGACUGCUAUCCUCAAGAGGCUGCUAGCGUCGGGGUGUUCAUCACGUUCGUCCGUCAGAUUUGGGGCUUCCUGGGUCCUUUCUGGUUCCCGCCCAUGUUCGAAUCCGUCGGCAUAGCUGCCAGUUCUGGUGUCGGGUGCGCUCUUAUCGUGGGUGUCAGUGUGAUCCCAACGAUCAUCCUCCACUGGAUGGGGCGAGCAUGGCGUCCGGCCACCGAGUAA